GAGCUAUGCCGCCAGCGCAUGGCAGUGAAAACAUCUGAUCGUCCGGAGCCCCUCCACUCUUCCCGAAUAAACAGUGUUUCUUCUCAGUUCAGCGAUGGGCCCAUUCCCAGCCCCUCGGCCCGGAGCAGCACAUCGUCCUGGUGUGAGGAGCCGGUUCAGUCCAACAUGGACAUCUCCACCGGUCACAUGAUCCUGUCCUACAUGGAAGAUCACCUGAAAAACAAGAAUCGUCUGGAGAAAGAGUGGGAAGCUCUGUGUGCUUAUCAGGCCGAACCCAGCGACACCACCAUUGCACAGCAGGAGGAAAAUAUCCCGAAGAACCGCUCCCAGGCUGUGGUACCGUAUGACCAUUCCAGGAUAUGUCUGAAAGGUGAAAGCAGCCACGACAAUUCAGACUACAUCAAUGCUAGUCCAAUUAUGGACCAUGACCCCAGAAACCCUGCAUAUAUUGCCACCCAGGGUCCUCUCCCUGCUACUGUUGCUGACUUCUGGCAGAUGGUCUGGGAGAACGGCUGUGUCGUUAUUGUCAUGCUGACACCCCUCGUGGAAAACGGAGUCAAACAGUGCUACCACUAUUGGCCAGACGAAGGGUCAAACCUCUACCACAUCUAUGAGGUAAAUCUUGUCUCUGAGCACAUCUGGUGUGAGGAUUUCCUCGUGAGGAGCUUCUACCUGAAGAACCUGCAGACAAACGAGACGCGCACAGUGACACAGUUCCACUUCCUUAGCUGGAACGAUCAGAGGGUUCCUGCUUCCACAAGAUCACUUCUGGAUUUCCGCAGAAAAGUAAACAAGUGCUACAGGGGUCGCUCUUGUCCAGUAGUUGUUCAUUGCAGCGAUGGUGCAGGAAGAAGUGGAACCUACAUUCUAAUUGACAUGGUUCUCAAUAAAAUGGCCAAAGGUGCUAAAGAGAUUGAUAUUGCUGCUACCCUGGAGCACUUGAGGGACCAGAGACCAGGCAUGGUCCAGACAAAGGAGCAGUUUGAGUUUGCGCUGACAGCAGUUGCAGAGGAAGUGAAUGCAAUACUCAAGGCCCUUCCCCAGUGAGCAGCUCAGUCUCCUGAAGACUCCUGCAGAAUCCAUCCCUCGUUUUCCUCAUCCUCAGUCCCUGUGAAUGUUCUUGGAAACCGUGACCUGACCUUAACUGUGUAUCUUCUGUUGUAACCACAUAGUGAUAGGGUCCUUACAAACUCCUUUAGCUGGUAAAAGUUCAACAGUUAAAAUGUGUAUUCUGUUUUUUGGGGUUUUAAACAAAUUUUUAAAAGUACAUCAGAGCCUCGGAUUAAGUGACAGAACAAUCCAUCUAAUUCCUUUCACAUCCUUGAAGCCCUGAAUAUCACACUUUGAAAGCACACAUUCAUGUUCUUAGUAGCAAAUAUACGAUAUUGUGGGUAAUUAGUGCAGUCAAUAUAGUCGCAGAAAACAGUGUUCUGUUAUAUUUGUAACUUCUCAAAAGCCGAAUAAGAGGGAGGGCCUGAAGAGGAUGGUGAUUGUUCCCAUACAAUGCCAAGCUGGAGCAUGAAACAGUGCUGAGGGUGUGAGUAAACACAGGUCCAGGAGGCUCUGGCAAGGAAAGCUUGCACCUUCUCAUGCCAGGCUUUGGCAAGCAAAUGUUUUCUUAGCUGUUGUUUACUUUUCAGCUUUGUGCCAUGAGAGGAAGAAAAUCUGAACCAUAAAUAAAACAGGCUUGCACAGUUAUUGCAACUGGGGAGGUCAUUUUGGUCACAUUAAUGGGAAGCUGGGGGAUAACAAGCACAACAGCUCUUACCAUGUACCUACCACUGACAGCAUGGAAAACAGGGGGUAGACUCCCCUCAGGUGAUGAGAAAGGCCCUGUCAGCAAUCAGGUAACUGUCUGGAGCUGUUAUGAAAACGGAUUGUUGGUUUUAUGGGAUUACUGAGGAAGAAAAUGGGACUCUCCUCUUUAUAUUUUUGCAUUUCCCUCUGUAAAGUUCUGCAGUGCCACCCUUUUUAGCCAGGAAAAUAUAUUUCUGUAAAAGCCUGGCUGAAGGAGAAAUCUCGUAUCUGCGUUUUAUGAUUCUCAUUGAAUUUGUCUGAUCCAGAAGUUCAUUGCAGCUUUCUGCAGAGACUCUGCUUGCUCCUUGUUCUGAAUGAUACCUAUUUUAAUUAAGCAUGAAGGGGUAAAGCAACACACAGGUUGAAUUUCAGAGACUCUUGUGUUCUCAAGAUCCUCAUGCCUCCUGCUGAAAAGUAAUGCUAAAAUAUGUCUGUAAAUGGUUUGGUUUAUGGAAUCUUGCUUCUGUGAAUUCACAGGUUUAGUUGUGGCACUCUUCUUAAGGAAUUUAAAUUAUUGAUAGAAAGUACUCUGAUAUGUUUGAAUGAAGGGCCUGAGAGUAAAAUUAUUGAAGGUACCUAAGUGAUCUAGGCUCUUAAUGAAUACUUGGAUGCUUUUUCAUAUGUUAUCCUACAUCUCCAUGACUUAAGAAUCUGGGGUGCUUUUUUUUCCAAAAUCUUAAGUGUGUUGUGUGCUUGAAACCAUAUUAGGCUAAUUGUUUAACUUCAGCGCUGGAAAAUAUAUCAUUGAAUUUAAUUUGGGAAGGGGACACUUUUAUAAACUUCUAAUCAAUGAAAUGUAAAAGAUAACAGUAUCACAGAGUUUUGCUGGCACAGAGGUAAUGGGCAUCUAUUGAAAUCAACCAUGUUGCAAUUUUGUGUCGUAGGUGUGGAUAUUGGUGAUUUCUUCUUUUUAGCAAUUAAAGUUACUAAAAAAAAAAAGCAGAAGGCUUGUAACUUUUUGCCAUACAUUUUUGUAUGCUUUACUUGAUGUGUGCUGUUGCUUAAUUUGUGCAUCCCAUUACUAUAGCAGUGCAGAGCAGUUACUGCAGAUGCCAUCAUCCUCUUAAGUACACAUACUGUACAUUAAGCCACAUGUUUAUUUUAUGGCCUAAGCAUUUUAGAGCUUUCCUAGCAAUAACUAAAAAAACUAAUGGAGUAUAAAUGAGAAAAUUGCCUUUUUCAUUUGAUAAUUUAGGUUUAACAGGAUUCUUUUAUUACUUUAGCUAACACAAAAUUGCAGAUCAGGGCAGAUGAGAUCGGUUUGAGCCGUAUCAGCAAGUGUUUGAAGUAGAUUUACUGUGAGCCAUGUACUGCAGCUUUCUGAAAAUACAGGUAGUUGUAUGCAAACAAACUGUCCAAAGAAUCAAAAUUGGGGCAUCCUAACAAGGCCUCUGAUUAUCGGGCAGAAUUGUUUCCCCGUGCGAGAUGCUGUGCCAUUACCUGCUGCCAAUGGACUAAUGGGUUUUUAGCUCAGAUUUCUGCCCUGGGAUUCAUUAGUGUUCGCCUUCUGACUGUCCCUGUGCAUACCACAAACAUGCCUGACGAGCCUUUCGUUUGCACUUCAGGAAUAUUUUUUAAUUGUUCUUUUGCAAAUAUUUGCAUUUCGUAAUAGCAAUUUCAGGGUGAUCCCUAUUAAUUCACAAGCAGCUGAGUGUGGGACUUAAAUAUUUCUCUUCAUGCUUCGGAGUUUAUUUAGCGUAGAUUAGAGGGCAUUAAUCUUCCCCAAGGCUAAUGGGGCAGGAAUGUAUUGUUUUAUUCAUACUUGUAGGCCAGUUUACAUAACAGAAAGAUGCAGUCUUACUCAGAGGGUUAGAGUAUCUCCCACUGACCGUCAUUGACAAUCCUGCUAUUUCAGCCAUGUUUUGUACAGUUCUUCCACAAAGAGGUGCCAGGCUUAUUUUGUUGACUGUAAACGAUCACACAGAGUAUUUUGUCUGUGCAUAGCACACUGUUCACACCUCUCAAUAAAAAUACCAUGUUUCUGGGGGUGAUAAUCUGCUGCAGGGUCAAUUAGCGAAACGCAGGUUUCAGUCGCACCACGGCAAUCCAGGGGGGUUUGAUAAUCCAUUCCCCAGGAAGAUGCCAAAGCCAUGGAUGAAGCCACAAAGAUGGCUCUGCCACACAGGGCAGGUAUUUGCUUUCACUGCAGUUAACUUAAUCCUUGUGAUCUGUCAAAGGAUGAUGUUCAUACCAACACCCUAUCACUUAACCUGACAGUGAACAUGGGGUGGGUCCCAUGUCCAGUGUGAGCUGAGUUUCUACCUUAAAACCAGAAUCACCUGAGAGCCUGAAGUCAAAUGAGACCCACUAUCUUUCCCUGUUCAAUAUUCUGCUUGAUCUUUAGUAAACUCAUUGCAAUUGAAGCUUGGACAGGUGCCUGAUGCGUGGCCAUAAACAGCAUGUGUUUAACAUUGACCGUCCUCGCGUUCUUGAUAAAGACAAAUUGAAUGUACAGGUCCUGUUUGUGUGGUUGAAUCUUUAAAUGACAUUUAAGGGGGUGAGCUGCAGGAGGGUGAUUUAACCCCACUGCUCACAGUUUCCUUCCUCGCUGGUCAGAGGGAGAAAACCCUGUUUUCCAGCUCACGCAGCUGCUGUCCCCGAGCAGGACAGUGACCUGACCAGACCUCGGGCUUGUGUAGUCACAGCGUGUCCAGGUAUGUGGGAUGGAGACAUGGUUCACCACCGUUGAUAGUUCACAGGAGUAACAGCACAGUUGCUCUCUCCAGCCUUCGCCCUUCCCAUGAUAUGGGUCGGGACUUAAAGGGAUGGAGGGGCAGGGCAGCACCGUUCCCCAAAUCCCAGAUCCUCGAGGUUCAGCCCUAGCCACAGGGAAAACAGUGUGGGGUUUGCUAUUGGCUUCAUAUGUUUCAGGUGUGAGCUCUAACCAUUGCUGUUGGCCAUUGUUGGUGGGACCUGGUGCAGCCCAGGUAAUAUCCAGUGCAAGUCCUUGGCAAUUGUAAGGGCCAAGAAUUAAUUUCAGCAGAAAAUCACAUAUCCAAAUCUCAAUGCAGCAGCAAAACAAGCAAGAUUAUUUUUAUACAAGCUUCUAAACAUUUAAAACAUUUAAAAAUAUUUUUAAAAUCUACACCCAUGACUAAACCUUGUCCCUGUCUCUAGCAUGCAUGCAGAACCAAUCCCCAUCCAUCCCCAGGGGAAUGACAGCUAUAGUACCUGUAAGGAGUUCAUGCUUUAUUAGUCAAGUGGAACAUUAAUAAAACCUGGCCCACUUCAUAAUUUCCAGAAUAGUCAUUAAUUAAAAAAGCUGUUUAUUGGAAUAGAAAACAAGUAUUUGAUUAGCUUUGUUACAGAACAAUAGCUCUCCUAAUUUUUAUUCUGCAUAUUUUAUUCUUUCUUUAGAAAAUUCUCUUAAGAAGCAUUUGAGAUAAUUCGCUUUUUAAAACUGUACAGUUUCUAUGGGUUUGCUUUUUAAAUGAGAGUAUACUUUGUAGAUUUGAUUAUUGUAUUUUUCUGUUAAGAUUACAUUGGGCAUUACAAAAGCAUUCCCCACCACAGUGAAAAGAAAGCAAUCCUGUUGGUUUAUUGUAAAAGAAAAAAAAUAAUUAAAACAAAAUUGCAGAGCUGUGGCAUACUCAAUCCAAUUAGAGCAUGACUCUUUACUACUCUUCAUUUACCACAUGAGAAAAAAAAUAAAGUUACACCAGCAAGAUUUCAUUUGAAGCUGUUCAUGCAUGCUAUUUGUACUGUAUUUGAUGGCAUAAUAUUGUUUUGUUUACAACCUUUUCUUUCUUGUCAUUCUAUUAUAUUCUUUGUAUGUAUAUAGUUUAAAAAAAAAAGAUUAUACAAAGUAUUUUGUUCUACCUCUGUAAAAAUCAUAUUUGUGAAUAAAGUCACAUUGUCUGUGGAUUAUAGUAUUGUGAAUACA